AUGACUAAAUUAUUUUUAUACCUAUUUUUUCUUAUUUUUUAUUUUAAAAUAAAUAUGUGUGUAAGAGAAAAAAAAGACGAAAUAUUUUCAAAUAGAGAGUUAGAAAAUAUAGGUGGAAGUGCAGGUGAUAUUAUUACAAGUUCUUCAAAUGCGCCAUCAAAAGAACAGAAUGAAACUCCUGAUUCUAAUAUAGCUGCAAAUUUAAUAAAAGGGUUAAAAAAUAUUCCUCCACCAAUUAUUCAAUUAAAUCAAGAUAAUUUAAUAGACCCUGUGAUUAUUUGUGAGAAAGAUUACAAUUUACCUUGUCCAAAUGAUUAUAAUUAUAUUGGUUCUGUUCAUGAAACUGAAGAUGAAAUAUGCGCCCCUUCAUCAUUAUACAAUGGUCCAUGCAAGGGUGAAGAAUUAAAUAUAAAAAAUAUGUCUGAAAAAAUAAAAGAAACUUGGUCUAAUAAAUGUCAAGCAUUUUGGCCAUGUAAAAAGUGUGUAAGAAAUUUUACUUACUUUUGUCCAGAAAAAUGGAACAAAGUUAAAGAUACCAUAAGAUCUUGUAAGCCUUCAGAAUUAUAUAAUGGUCCUUGUAAUUUUCAAAUGAAUUUUUCUGGUUAUAAUAUUCGAAUGUUAGAAGAAUGGAGUUUAAAAUGUAAGGCUUGGUGGAAAUGUGAUCAUUUAAAUUUAUUUGAUGAAUGUCCUGAUGGAGAUUUCCCAAUUACACCAGCAGCUACAAAAUGGAGAAUAAAGAAAAAUUAUCAAUAA